AUGAAAGACGAAGACCACGAAAGCUACUUCGCGUACUUUAGAAUGCUCCCUCGACAAUUUGAUUUCUUGUUGUCUCUGGUUGAGCCUCUUAUCGGCAAAUGCAACAGGAGAAGAGAUACUAUUUCUUCAUCAGAAAGGCUUGCUUUGACAUUACGUUAUUUGGCGUCUGGUGACAGCCCUCAAAGCUUAUCAUUCAGCUACAGGAUUGGCUUGACUACUGUUCAUAGAAUAAUUGGGGAUGUUACUGAAGCAAUCUGGUCCACUCUUUUGAGUGCAGGAUAUAUUAAAGCACCAGAGAGUUCUUUUGAGUGGGAGAAAAUAGCAGGAGAGUUUGAAAGACGGGGGAACUUCCCUCAUUGUUGUGGAGCCAUGGAUAGAAAGCACAUCAGGAUGCAAGCUCCCCCAUCAGCUGGUAGCAGAUAUUAUAAUUACAAACUGUGGCACAGCAUUGUCCUACUUGCAGUUGUAUCAGCUGAUUAUACUUUUUUAUUGAUUGAUGUUGGUGACUGUGGUCGCCAUAGUGAUGGAGGUGUUUUGCAGAACUCCCACUUUGGUGCAGCGCUGUUAACAGAUCAACUUGGUUUACCAUGCUCAAAACCACUUGCUGGUGUGGAUCCAAAUGUAAAGAUACCUUUUAUGUUUGUGGCUGAUGAAGCAUUUCCAUUAAGAUGCAACAUCAUGCGUCCAUAUCCUGGCAAGAACCUGACAGAAGCAAAAAGGGUCUUUAAUUACCGUUUAUCAAGGGCGAGGAGGAUUGUAGAAAAUGCUUUUGGCAUUGCUGCAUCGAGAUUCCGCAUCUUGAGACAAGAAAUUAUUGCCAACCCUAGCAAAGUAGAAAGUAUUUCCAAAGCAGUUGUGGCCUUACAUAAUUUUCUAAUAGUUUCUGAGCAGGAUGUACCUGCUGGGUCUAGGAUGUAUUGUCCACCAGGAUUUGCAGACUGUGAAGACAGAUCAGGUAAUUUAGUUGCUGGGCAGUGGAGGCAUUUACCUACUGGUGAGACUACACUUCAGUCCCUGAGCAGGCAGGGAAGCAAUUUUUUUACUAGAGAUGCUGAACAAGUACGAGAAGAACUAAUGAAAUACUUUUGUUCAGCAACAGGACAGGUUUCAUGGCAGCUGCAACAUGUUCGUGCAGAUGGUAAUGAUGCAAAUUAA